CCACUCUAGCUUUUGUGCUAAGCAGUAGAGUAGGAGUCCCAUCAAACGACCGCGGAGUCUCUUCCCUCUUCCCCGGAUCCUUUUCAAAGUCCCUCCCGAACCUCUCCCCCUUCUUCCCUUGCCACCCUACCCACCCCCUGGAAACACGUCGGCGGACGACUCGGUUGUCUUCGUUGCAGGCAUUUGGCUAGUGACCAAAUAUUCACUCCUGUCUGUCACAUCCAGCUGCAUCAAUGGACUCAAGUUUGGUUGAAGGAGGACUUAAUGUCACCUUAACUAUCAGGUUACUCAUGCAUGGAAAGGAGGUUGGAAGUAUCAUUGGCAAGAAAGGAGAGUCUGUUAAGAAAAUGAGAGAGGAGAGUGGCGCUCGUAUCAACAUCUCUGAGGGAAACUGUCCGGAGAGGAUCAUAACCCUUGCAGGACCCACCACCUCCAUUUUCAAAGCGUUCUCCAUGAUAAUUGAGAAAUUGGAAGAGGACAUCAGUACAUCAAUGACUAACAGUACAGCCACCAGCAAGCCACCGGUCACCAUGCGCCUCGUCGUGCCUGCCAGCCAGUGCGGCUCGCUCAUCGGCAAAGGAGGCUGCAAGAUCAAAGAAAUUAGAGAGUCAGCAGGAGCUCAGGUACAAGUAGCAGGGGACAUGUUGCCCAACUCGACAGAACGUGCCAUCAGUGUUGCAGGGACCCCGCAGUCUAUCAUCGAGUGUGUCAAGCAGAUCUGUGUUGUUAUGCUUGAGUCUCCUCCAAAAGGAGUAACCAUCCCAUAUCGACCCAAACCCUCAGGCUCUCCUGUCAUCUUUGCGGGUGGUCAGGCAUAUGCUGUCCAAGGACAGCACGCCAUUCCUCAGCCUGAUGUAAGUGAAGGGCCCUCUCUCACAAAACUGCACCAGCUGGCCAUGCAGCAGAGCCCCUUCCCUAUUGCGCACAGCAACCAGGGCUUCCAGGCUGGGAUGGACGCCUCUGCGCAAACCGGCUCACAUGAGCUCACCAUUCCAAACGACCUUAUCGGCUGCAUCAUUGGCCGUCAAGGGGCAAAGAUCAAUGAAAUCCGUCAGAUGUCAGGCGCUCAGAUCAAGAUUGCCAAUCCCGUCGAGGGUUCCACUGAUAGACAGGUCACCAUUACUGGCUCCCACGCCAGCAUCAACCUUGCCGAGUACCUGAUCAAUGCUCGGCUGUCCUCUGAAGCCACUGGACUCGCAGCCAACUGACAUGGAGGAUCCUCAUCAGCAUCUAAUGUUGCCCCCUGCCCCGACUUUUUACCAAGAGGUCCCUUAUUGAACUUCAUGCAAAAAGUUCUUUGAACUCAGUCUCGUUUGGGUUCUAUACGCCUCGUUUGUAAUUACGACUUCAACGCUAUCAUGGAAUUUUAUUUAUUUAUGAAGUUUUUAAUUCCCAUCACAAUAAUUUCUAGACAGUCUUGUUUUUCUUUUGCUGUAUAACUUUACGGUCUCGAAAGGUUAACAUGUUUUUGAAAAAUCUGAAAAUGCAUAAAUCUUUUUUUAUGUCAGAUUUUUCUUAGAAAAUGUAAAAAUGAAGAAAAAAUGCACUCAAACACUAUAGACGGACUGUUCUUUCCCUUACCUUUUAAAUAUAUUUAUUUUUAUUUAAGACGGCUCCUUGUAAGAAAAUAAUCUAUUGAUAUUUGGAGCUGUGCUUCUUGAGCAAUGCAUUGUGGGUUUGACGGGUUUUUAAUGGGUCGAAACGGCCUCGGAUGAAGUCAAAGGCAGGGGGAAAAAUAGAACAGUUAGCCGUUGUAUGAAUUUUAAACUAUGUGGUAUCACCUCUGAGUAAUUGUGUCAUUCCUGUUUCAUUAGUUUUAUUUCUUGAGUACAGAAGUUUUGACUAUUUGUUUUGUAUUUUUUUCUUAUGUGUGCGGGUGGGCCUUGGUCUCCAGGAAUGGUCCAGAAUAAGAGGAAAAUAUUUUUCGUUUUUCCGAAAUUACUAAAGACCAUACUAAUGAUGAUGAUAACAUUUGAAAUGUUUGUUUAAAUAGAGAAAAUAUUUUUUUUAACUGCUGAGCUGGGGAAUGCUGCAAGACUACAAAAGACAUGUUGGUCUUCAAAGUAUAUCAUGUUACGUUAAUAAAUUAUGAUAAACUAGAAGGAAAUUAAUGAUAGAAUAACACUAGUGUCCUGCUAUCUUUUUGUUUGCCUGGGUCAGAUUUUUGUUUUUUCUUUGCAGGAUGAAGAAACCGUUUUGUGCACGAUUUCAAACUAUUGUAGAUCUGGGUGCAAUUAAAUUGUUGACAUUUAAAAAUGCAGAAAUAAAAAAAGAUGUGAGAUGCUUCAA